UCAUUUAUUCCAAGCCGAGCUUCGUGUGGACACGAGCUAUCACUCCUCUGUUGGAGUGAAUAUAGAAUAUUGUAACUCUACUUUCCAAUUGGUAACGACAUCGAUCUCUUAACUGCUUGAAUACCUUAUCAUAAGACUCGAAUCAGGAUAAUAAGGGAAUCGAAAGAUAUCAAAGCUCAACAUGGCAGACCAGUACGGUGCUGCAGGCUAUGAUGCCCACACGAACGAAUCUCAAUCUCCCCAGAAGAUGUCCAUUGGGGAGUAUUGCAGGACCCGAGUUUCUACACUCAAGCCUCCUAUGCACAAGGCUCCUAACCCAUUCAAACUUCUGGCUAUGUUGAAUGGAAAACAAUGGCUAUUCUUCCUUGUAGCGUUUGUUGCUUGGACUUGGGAUGCGUUCGAUUUCUUUACAGUCAGUCUCACUGUUUCGGACCUCGCAGAGGAGUUUCAUAAGACUACUACGGACAUCACAUGGGGUAUUACAUUGGUUCUCAUGUUGAGAUCUGUUGGUUCUAUCAUCUUCGGACUCGCAGCAGAUAGAUAUGGUAGAAAAUGGCCCUUCAUUGUCAACAACAUCCUAUUCAUCAUCCUCGAACUCGGUACCGGUUUCUGUCAAACCUACAAGCAAUUCCUCGCGUGCAGAGCCCUAUUCGGUAUUGCAAUGGGCGGAUUGUAUGGAAACGCUGCCGCUACCGCGCUUGAAGAUUGUCCCGAAGAAGCUCGUGGUUUGAUGUCUGGUAUACUUCAACAAGGAUAUGCUUUCGGAUAUCUUCUCGCAACAGCUUUUGCUAGAGGAUUGGUGAAUACCACUAGCCAUGGAUGGAGACCUUUGUUCUGGUUCGGUGCAGGCCCGCCUGUUCUCAUCAUCAUCUUCCGUCUCUGCCUCCCAGAAACAGAUGCGUACAAGGAGCGUGUUCUUGUUCGAAAUGAGCGAGGUAAUAUCGGAGCUACCUUCAUUGCCGAAGGAAAGGUAGCAUUGAGGGAGCAUUGGCUCUUGUUGAUUUACUUGGUACUUCUCAUGGCUGGUUUUAACUUCAUGUCUCAUGGUUCCCAAGAUCUCUACCCAACCAUGCUUAAAAAUCAAUACAACUUCUCCGCAAACGCUGUUACCGUCAUCCAAGUCGUCGCCAAUCUUGGUGCCAUGACCGGUGGUACGUUGGUCGGUUACAGUUCCCAAAUUUUCGGUCGUCGCUUCUCUAUAAUUGUCAUAUCCAUCCUCGGCGGUGCUCUUCUCUACCCCUACACAUACACUUCUUCCAGCGCCGUCAUCGCCGCAGCCUUCUUCGAACAAUUCUGCGUUCAAGGAGCCUGGGGUGUUAUCCCCAUCCAUCUCAUGGAACUUUCUCCUGGCUCUUUCCGAACAUUUGUCGUCGGUACCGCAUACCAACUCGGAAAUCUCGUUUCCUCCGCUAGUUCGACUAUCGAGGCCCAAUUGGGAGAAAAAUUCCCUCUUCCACCUAAAGGCAAAACGGCUCGUUUUGAAUAUGGAAAGGUUAUUUGUAUUUUCAUGGGUUGUGUGUACGUCUAUGUGAUCAUAUUGACAUUUGUGGGACCAGAGUAUCUAAGAAGGAGCUUUGAUGUUCAACAUGAUAGUGAUUUGGCAGCGGCAGCAGGCCACGAUACAAUUGAGAAGAGUAUGAAGAAGAUGAGAGGAAAUGGAGGUGUGGAGAACGAAUCAACUGAGGAUGUGGAUGCAGGGUUGGAGAAGGGAAAUGCGAGGAAUAUUGAUUGAAGACAGAUUUGGAGGGAAAUGAUGGGUGGAGUGCAAGGUACGAAAGGAAUAUAUUGCUUUGGAUACGGGUUUUUAAUUGUUGGAUGAGUAUACGUCAAUAAAUAGCUCCAUACGGGAUGAAUGAAUUAUGACAUGACAAACUAUAUCUU